AGUUAAUAACCAUACUGUUCGGGUACACCGAUCAUUCUUCAUUACAUUUGGGUGUAUCCCGUUCGGGGAAACACUUGUAGCCUUUUUCUUUUUCAAUUGUAGAGGUUCGUGAACUUUGCUGAUUUCAAUCCCGUUCGGGUGUUCACCCACCCCAAAGGAUGCUUUAACUUCUCCCAACCGUCUUGACACGUGUCUAUUACUCAUUCGAAUUCCUGGCGGUAGCUUUUCCUUAUAUAAGGACGCAGCUACUUUGUUUCAGUUUUUUCUGCUGCUUCUGAAUUCCUUCAAGCUUUCUCUCUCUAGAAUCUUCUCUGUUAUUUUAUGUCUGCCUUUUCUGGUUCGUCAGAUUCCGAAGAGAUGGUGUCCACUCUGAUUCGCCAUUCGAGGGGAAAAGCUCACCCCAAAGAUCAAGGCACAUCUACCCGAUCGUCGGGUUCUAACGGGUCUUCUGCCUCACUUCAUCCCGAACAGCCCCUCCCUGAUGAUGGAUGUCAGUCGGGAGAUGACCUAGCCAUCUAUAACAAGGGCAUGCCUGAACGGCCCCCCCGUUAUAGUUUGAACUUCCACUGCAUCAGGAAGCAACGUCAACGCCUUCCUGCUGAUGCAGAACAGACACUCCGCCAAUUACUACCGCCACCCCGUCAGUUUUAUGCGGGGUAUAUUAAGCAUCCCAUGCGGCAUCGUCCGGGAUGUGUGCUGGUUCACAUGGACGCGCUGAUCGCCGGUCUACGGUUCCCGUUGCACCCUUUUAUUGCGGAGUUCCUUCGCCGGGUCUCAGUACUGCCAGCACAGUUCGUGCCUAGCACUUAUAGGAUCCUGAACGGUUUUAUCGUCUGGUGCCAUGAGUUGGGGAUUGCCCCUAGCGCCGACCUCUUUUUGCACUGCUACGGCGUCCAGCCCUAUUGGACCACCGGGUACCUGCGGCUUGUCGCCCGCCCUGGCCGUUCGCUCUUCACCGACAACCCCACCCCGCCGGGGAAAUGGGAGGAACGAUUUUUGUUCGUUCAUGUGGGGUCGCCGCUUCCUUUCCCUGAUCGGUGGAACACCUACCCCGUUCAGGAUGCCUCCCCAAAGGUGGACGCAGAUAUUGUCUGUCAGUACGAAAGGCUCCGUCUGGCCGGUUCCAAGAACCUACGGUCCUUUUUGACUCCUGCUAAGAUGCUAGCUGCUGGCAUUGGUAUGUUUCUUCCCUUACUUUGUUCGUUCGGUGUAUCUUUCAACCUCUUGUUCAUUUUUCUUUGUUCUUUCCUGUAGGUGUGAUUCCCCCCGUCUCCAUAAAGCGUCCUGCUCCUACUCCUUCCUCCACCGCCAUAGUUAGCAAGGGAAAGGAGAAGGCUAUUCAGUCAGGUUCUUUGGCUGGCCGGGAAUCUGGGCCAGUAAACAAGCGGCCGAGAAUCGAAAGCAGCGGCGCCUUGGUCCCGAUUGACCAGGUUAUUGACCUGACGGAUCCUUCUGUGGAAAGGAUGCCCAUGGUCCCCUCCCCUUCAAGGAAGCUGGGCGAUAGGGGAGGCAAACCUUCAGGUAGUCUCCCGAUCCCCGAUCGGUUGACGGUGGAGUUUUCUGCCAUGGGUCCCCGAGCUGAAUGCCGGACGCUGUUCGGGCAGACUGCAUCCUCCAUGUGGUGCAGCACUUCUUUGAAAGCUGGCGAGGGCUUCACCAACUUGACCCAUUGGUCUGAUUUGGUCGAAGCAGGCCAUGCUGAGUCCCUUAAGGUAUGCUUUUGACCGUUCAGUUCUUUCUUUUUAUAAUUUUUUUUUUUUUUUUUUUUUUUUUUUUUUUUUUUUUUUUUGAACUUGUUCUUACUGCUGUUUCUUUUUCCACAGGCCGGUACAUACUAUCACCGGGCCUUCCUAGCAGCUGAGCGGGAGAUGACCCUCCUUCAUCAGGAGCUGGACGAGAGCCAAACCCUUUUGGCUGCUGCUAGGAAAAUGGCUGCAGAUCUCCAAGAUCGGGCCAACAAGGGUGACAAGGCCAGGGCUGAAUUGGCCGAAUUGGAGCAGAGGCUCCAGCGUCGCGAUCGGGAGAUCCGGGCGCUGAAGGACAAGAUUGCUGCUGCCGAAGCUGCUGGUGUUAAGUUUAAAAAGACCCAGCCUAAAGAGGGCGGACAGCCAGCAGCACCCGUUCAGGCCGAUAUUUCUAAAAUCACUCAGCAGGCAGUGAUUGAUUUCCAAAGGGGUAAAGGUUUGAACGUAGCCCUGGAGGAGACUGCCCGGGAGUUCCUUGGGAAGCAUCUUGGGGAGUUCUUGAAGAAGAGUAAGGAUCCUCUUCGUGACGGCCUCCAGCUCCUGGAUGAGACCCCGUCCGGGACAGCCUUCGCCAAUGCCCUAGCAAGGGACACACUUGUUAAGUGCCAGGAUAUGCUGGUCGACCGGAAUCUGGAAGUGAUCAAGGAAUCAUUCGAUGAACCCUUCGACCCCAAGGAGGAAGGUUUCGACCCCUUAUUCUGCCGUGCUUAUCAACGGGUGAUGGAGAAGAGGCAGAAGGCUAAAGAUUCAGCCAAUCCCCCGGACUCGGAUGCCGUGCCGAACAAGGAUCCUCCCGUAGCUUAGUUAUCUCUGUUGUAAUCUCCUUUUCUUUUUCUCAUGUAUAAUUCCCGGUCAGUAGUGCCGAAGAAUAAAGAUUGAUCUGUUUCCGAAUGACUUGCUUCCCGAACACUCUUUUUUUUUUUUUUUUUUUUUUUUUUUUUUUUUUUUUUUUUCAGAGGUGGCAACAGCCGUUUUUUAUUGAUAAAAUUUUCGCAAAUGCGUAGCGUUCCAUAUCCCUGCCGGACGGCCUUCGGUAUCCUGUAGUGAAAAGGUCCCCGUCCG